GAGCGCUCGAGCGCCCGUGGCCACGCCCUAAGGCGCCAGCACAGAAGAAGCAGCGUCCGGUUCCAGCGGAAGGGCGGCCAGCAGGAUGCACCAGCAGUCGUCGCAGUCCGAGAACAUGGGCUCGACGAGUGGACCCGGCUCGGCGUCGCGACGUUCGGCGGCCCUUCCGACCGCCUUCCGAAUGUCCCGACGGGACCUCAUCGCCACGGCCCUCCUCGUCUCGGGCGCGUCGGCCAUCGUCGUCACCGCCACCAUCGCGGUCCGCAACCGCCACCGCCCGGAGCCGCUGCCGUCGCUGCUGGACCUCAAGCCACCUCGCGACAACCCCUGGCAGACGAGGCAUCUGCCCCUCUACUUCGAGUGUGAGUCGAGCGCGUGCCGAGCCACGGCCGAGGACCUGAGGAAGAACGUCGCCUGGACUCUCAACCCUUGCGCGGACUUCUACGAGUACGUCUGCUCGAGCGACCGGGCGCGGACGAACGUGUACGACCACGCCGUGGCCCACUACCUGCGCGAAGCCCGGGAGGUCAUUCGGAAGUACGAGAACCUAGGCUUCUUCUCCAGGACCACGAUGUCGAAAAAGAUCACCCACUUCUUUUCCGCCUGCAAGACUAGUCGGCUGGACUUGUCCUCCUGGAGGUCCCAACUGGCCCACGUCUGGAAGUACCUCGACCUAGUGGGAGACUUGGCGGGAGUUGAGAGCAUGCUGGCCACGUUCUCGAGGGUCCUCGAGGUCUUCCCCAUCGUUCACGUCAGCGUGCUCGAGGCUUCACGCCGCACGUGCGUGGUCCUCACGAAACCCGACGGCAACGGCGCAGACCGCAUCUUCUCCGUGCCGCACGCGUUCACGACGUCGUUCCGACAGUUCGCGGCGAACCUCUUGGGUCACACGGGAGACGUGCCCGCCAAUGUGAACGACCUUGUCGACUCCGCGGUCAAAGUGGAAGCCCUACUGCAGAAGUACUCUGGACCCCAGGGCGAGCGGUACUACCACCUGCACGAGUACGGCGACAUCCCGGCUUCGGAGGUCGGCAACGGCAGCUCGGCCUUCGACUGGACGACGUACCUGAGGAACUUCCUCACUGGAGUCGUUUCGGUCAAGGCCGACUCCUGCGUCAUCGUCAAGUCUCCGGCGUACGUGAGGCACGUGGUCAAGGUCUUCGGCAAGGUCUCGAAGAAGGACGUGCGUUCGUUCCUCAAGCUCAGGGCAGCCAUGGCGCUCAUGCCGUUCCGCAAGCUCGCCGACGGUCCCGACAAGGAAGACAGCGAGAAACUCUGCACGCUGGCCACGUACAAGCUCUACCGGUACGCUUUCCUCAAGGAGUUCAACGACACGCAGCUCCUGUCGGUGUUCGUCAGCGCUGGCGAGAAGGAAGUAAUCGUGAGGAUGUCCUACAGGAACGUCAUCACAGAAGCCCAGCCCACGUCCAACGCCACGAACAGGGUGGAGGAGGCCAUGAAGAAGGCGAAGGCCAAGUACUUCCGCAUCAUCAAGGACGUCAAUCGGUACUACUACAGCGACGCCACGAGACCGGACAAGGAGAUCGCCUUCAACUACGUCAAGGGACUUGGAUCCAUGACGCAGUCUUGGCUUCGAGUCGUGGUCGCGUCCGGAGGUAAGAUCCAGGACAACCAGCUGAACGUUCGCUGGGACUUCGACCCGGACACGAACAAGCUCGUCGUUCCCGUCUCGAUCGGCCACAUGAAGCUCAAGAGCGACAAGGAGUUCUUCCUGGAGUCCACGAGCCUCGGAGGCGCCAUGGUGCAGUUCUUGUAUAGGGCGUUCCACGAGAGAACCCUCUUCUCAGUGGGAGCGGCUGAUCAGGACGAGCACGGCAAAAGAUCGGCAACGGCUUGCCUCGAGAAGCAGUACGGUUCGAAGGCUGUCAACAACACAAAGGUCAACGGACGCCGCGUCUUGAGGACUGUGGCCGCGGACAACGCCCUCGUGCCAGUGCUUCACAAGGCCUUCAAGACAUCUCUGUACAUCCACAAGAUCGAGGUCAUCAACUACAAGAGGCUGGAGAUGUCGCUGGCCAGCCUUCCGGACGUGGACGCCGAUCAGCUGUUCUUCCUCAUGUACGGCCAGACGCUCUGCGAACCGCACGAAGACACCGCCGCCGUCCUGGCGCAAGCACCGUGGCCCCCGGCAAAGAUCAGACUCAACACGGCGCUGGCCAACUACCCGGAGUUCGCCAAGGCCUUCAAGUGCGCCAACGGGACCGCCAUGAAUCCGAAGAAGCGGUGCUCGGUUUUCAACUUGAAGUAAAGAGCGGGCA